AUGAAUGUAAUAAUACGCAGCAAAUCAUCAUUUUAUGUGUUCGGAUUAACUAAAAUAUUAUGUAGACAUCAAUCAUCAGCUCAAAAUACCAAACCACCGAUCCCUGUAUUUGGUGUGGAAGGUCGCUAUGUGACUGCGCUUUACAGUGCUGCUCUCCAAAUGCAGCAAAUUGAUGAUGUAGAGAAACAUCUCAGAGCUUUGCAGAAGGAGCUGCUCAAACCUACUGUUGUUGAUUUCAUAGAAACAAGUAUGAUAUCUUCCGUAGCUAAAGCAAAGCUUAUGCAAGAAGUUGGUCAGCAAGCAGGUAUGCCGGCGGCAGCUAUCAACUUUUUAUCCUUAGUAGCUGAAAAUGGACGUUUAAAAAAACUAAGACGUAUGAUUACCAUGUUCCUCGCGGUAAUGGUAGCUCACAGGAAUGAAGCUCUGUGUGAAGUGAUCACGGCAAAGCCUUUGGAUAGCAACGACAGGAGUUCACUCAUGGAUGCUUUACAAAAAUUCGUAAAAGGCAACAAAAAAAUUCAACUUACGGAAAAAGUAGAUCCUUCUAUCAUAGGAGGUAUGAUUGUGGGAGUUGAAGACAAGCAUAUAGAUAUGAGUAUCGCAAGGAAAGUUCAAAGGUAUACUGAUAUUUUGAAGCAAUCUUUGUAA